AACGUUCAAUAGUUUCGUCGCAGGUGCGCCGGUUGAGGCUGUUAGAAAAUAAUACAAAUUAUUUUGGUGCAAACAUCAAAAUAAGAUAAAAACGAUGAAAACCAAGGUAUAUAGAGAAUUGUGAUCAAACCAUAAUUUUUGGGAGAACGGUUUUGGUCUUUUUGCGAGGUUCUAUGUCUGCCUAUGUGCGAAAUGCUCAAGGACACUGCAGCAAGUUGAGGGAAACUGGCUGUUGACGGGCACCGCCGGACACUGAGGAGUACAGUGGGACGCCAGCCGACCGCCGAUGAGCGCCGGCUCUCCGUGCGAUGACCUGCUCGGCUCGCGGGAGGCGCGGCCGGCCGGCUCGCGGCCGGCCGACCGUCUGUACCCGGGCGAGGUGCGGCCGCGGCCCGGCUGGACACUGGGCUGCGCGCGCCUGCCCGUCACCGGGUACGCGGCCGAUGGCUGGAUGCGGCCCUCGUGGCCUCCCGCGCGGCGGCGCCCCGCCUCCGGGCGCAGUAUCCACCUGCUGACACUGGACCGAGACAAUCCACCGGCCAAGGAGAGUCGCGGCGACCGCCUGAAGAAGGUGAUACGGACGGCCUCCGGCACCGGCCUCAAGGAGUGGAUGGCGCUGCUGCUGAGAGACAGGAAGUCACUGCAGCUGGACGCAUCCAACAUCUGCAUGGUGUUGCACGCCCUGUGGAAGAAGCCGGACUGUCGGCUGCCGCUGCUGCAGGACCCAGAGUUCCGACAGAAGACCUUCAACGCCUUCAUUAUGGACGUGCUCAAGGCGUACCAGUUGUCUGAGAAGUCAAGUGAAGGAGAUAAACUUGACUCCUCAAAAGCCGGUCGCAAGAAGCGGAAACUCGAUAUAAAGGAUGAGCCUGUGGCCAGUGCCAGGGUCUCGGACUCGGCAGAUGUCCUCUCGAAUCCCGCGCCGGCCGCCAACGGCACCGAUGACGGUCCGGAUGACGCCGAUGACGGUCUCGAUGACGCCGAUGGCGGUCCGUUUGACGCUGGUGACGGUCUUGAUGACGUAAACGACCCUGAGUGGCGUGACACGUCGCCGGACCGAACGAAGCGGACCGGCACCAAAAAAUGCAUUGCUCGAAAACCCCGAACCCCAAAGUCCACCACACCCAAGUCCAGCGCUCGAAAGCUCAGCACCUCAAAACCUAGCAUCCGGAAACCCGGUAUCCCAAAGGUCAGUACUCAGAAGAUCAAUACUACAAGGAUCACCAUCUCAAAGUCUGGCACACCCAAGCCCAGCGCCCCGAAGCUCAGCACCAAACGAUCCGGCACCCCGAGAACCAGCUUAUCAAAAACUGGCACCCCAAAGCGCAGCUUAUCAAAGCCAGGCGCACCAAACCUCAACACAUCAAUAUCAAGCCCCCUAAGGUCCAGCACACCCCAGCCUGCGACCACAGAACCCAACUCACCGAGCCCGAGCUCUGGCACGUCGCAGCCCAGUGCGCCAUCCUCUGCUCAGCCCAGCGCUGCGAAACUGCUGCAGCGGGCGCUGAGCCGGCAUCAGUGGAAGCUGACGAGACGGCCGGUCCAGUCCGGCCCGGAGGAAGGAGGAGCCCCGGGGGAGAACGAAGGGGGAUCUGCACGGCGGCGGGGCGGAAGGCGGAGCACGAUGAUUCCGCGGCCGCCGGCAGCGGCCACCUCUGACGACCUGUGCGCGCGCGUGGAGGGUAUGAUGAUGCGCAUCUCUGGGAGGAAGGCGUGGCGUGAUGAGACCGUGAUGACACUGGCGUACGGGGACGAGGACGACAGCGGCGUGCCGGACUCCUCCUUCCUCUUUAUCAGGUGCACCCGCUGUCCGGAGCUGGUGCUGCGAGACUACGCCGCCAUCCGCCGGCACUUCGAGACCAAGUGUCACUUCCUCUCGUGCGUGAUGUGCGACGUCAUCUUCAACUCGAGUCGGCUGGCACUGGCACAUCUGCGUGUCACACAUAAGGACCCCGUGCCCGAGGGCUGGUACCGGCUUGUACGCUGCCACCCGUGCAGUCGCGCCGGGUUCUUCUCCACCGAAGAGGUGAUCGGUCACAUGGCCGGUCACCGGGCCGACCGGGCGCGCAACCCGGCCGUGUUCCCUCCGUUCCUCACCUGCUACAAGCGGAUCCAGUGUAACCAGUGCGGCGUGAAGCUCAUCAACCACCGCACUGAACUGGAGGACCACUACAAGCGCGACCCGCCGCCGCUGUGCACUCACGACGCCGGCCGGCCGCCGUCACUGCCCUGCCCCGUCUGCCGGCGGCUGUGGGCCGGUCCGGCGGCGCUGGCAGCCCACUUGCGGCUCUCAGAGGGUCGCUGCCGGGAGACGGUGACACAAGAGGCGUCAACCAGGGGCCGCCGCGACAUGGACUCGGCGUUCUGUCCGGUGUGUUCGCGCUCCAUGAACCCGGGCGAGGCGCUGGCCGACCACCUGAUGACCCACCUGGCACCUGGUCUGCGCUGCAUUCAGUGCGGACUGGUGGCCGGCUCACACCAGGAGAUGCGCGCGCACCGGACGUUCACCUGGCGCUGCGACUGCUCCGCCUGCGAUACACACGUCGGGCGCGGCUCACGGCUGCUCAAACAUGUCAUAGAGGACCACGAUGGCGGCCGUCGGCUGACCGGCACGGCGCGAGCACGACCCAUGCGGGGCAAGGAAGAUUCGGGCGUGUGCCCGGUCUGUGGCCGGUUCGUGAACCGGCUUAACGACCACACGAAGGCGUCGCACACGACCCGCUUCUGUCCGUGCUGCAACAAGACGGUCAAGCUGAUCACCUACCGCAAGCACCAGGCCAGGCUCAGGAACAUGGACAAGCUGCGCUGUAAGGUGUGUGCCAAGGAGCUGAGCUCGGGAUGGGCGCUGCGCACCCACAUGCGGCUGCACACGGGCGAAAAGCCCUUCGAGUGCGAGCUGUGCGACGCCGCCUAUGCCCAGAAGGUUGUGCUCAAGACGCACAUGAAGAUGGUGCAUGGUAUCGUCUGGCCGUUCGGGAAGUCCGAACUAACCUCGCCGCCUGUGGCCAUCACGGAAACGGAGGUUUCCACUGCCGAGGUGCUGUUCUACUGAAAAGGGACGUUACAAAAGCGUUCAGUCUGGGGCGUUUUUUUUUUUUCCUGAAGGGAUGGAUGCAGAAGUGUCGUCUUUCUAACCGGAGGGAGACUUGGACACCGCCAUAGUGCCCUUCUGAGGAUAGCCUUACGAGUGUCAAACGGUGAGGCACUCCCGGCCCUGCCUUGCACCUGAUCUUACGUGGUGCCAUGUCAGCAGCCGCUCAUGAUUUGUUCAUCAUUGUACAUUUUUCACCGUGUGUCAUUUGAGUGCAUUGUUUGCAUUGUUUUUGUUUCGAGAAGCGUUUAUGUGUAAAACCGAGAUGAGCUGUGCCUCAGCCUGGUAUGACAUGAGCUGAAUUAUACCAGCGGUGAUGUCAGACCAAUAAAGCUGUGUCAUUCCGACU